AGUCGAGGAAUCGCCCCCGCAAGGGGAGGUCAGGGCCUCACAGCGCCAUGCGAAGGGCUGAGGGGGAGAGUGAGGGGGCGCCGUCGGUUGCUUCCGGGCUGCUGUAGAGGCAGCAAAGGUAGUAGCUAUCUCCGCUACCGCCGCGUUGUGAGAGCCCGACUUCGCCUCAGCAACAGCUGGUGCCUGCAGCCCCCUCCUCCUUCCUGGGUCUCCAGCGGCCGCCAUGUUAGGUCGGGAUGGUGAACUCCGGCUUUACUGAGGGGGGCCCGCCGCCUCCACCCUCCUCCGCCUCCCUGGUGCGUGUGGAAGAGCGAGCACCCCUGCUUCCCGGCUCCUCCCCCUCCCCUCGGCCUGGGUUUUGACAGAGCCUCUCGAAGCAGCCACUGAACUCUUCGACCGGGAGUCCCGGGGCUUAUGGGGCAGCCGCGACAGGGCUGAAGGCACUGGACAGUACCUGCGUGGGGGGAGUCGCGACGUGUGCCCCCCCUUUCUCUCUGUUUCCCCACUUGCCGCCGGGCCGGUUCCUCCCGCCCUGAGGCGGAAGCAAGAGCGCCCCCACGCCCGCUGCCCGAGAGGAGGAGGAGGAAUAGGCGCCGCAGAGGGCACGGGGGCUCGGCCCUUUCCCCUGGAGCAGCCCUCGAAAAGCAGAAAAGACCAUGGGGUGCAUUAAAAGUAAGGAAGAUAAAGGUCUUACCAUGAAAUAUAGGACUGAGAAUACUCCAGAACCCAUUACUUCCCAUGCCAGCCAUUACGGAACAGAUUCAACCCAAGCAAAUCAGUCACCUGCAAUAAAGGGAUCAUCCGUUAAUUUCAAUAGCCAUUCCGUGACUCCUUUUGGUGGGCCAUCUGGUAUGACACCGUUUGGAGGAGCAUCUUCCUCAUUUUCAUCUGUGCCAUGUCCAUAUCCUAGCGGUUUAACAGGUGGUGUUACUAUUUUUGUGGCCUUAUAUGACUAUGAAGCCAGAACUACAGAUGACCUUUCAUUCAAGAAGGGUGAACGGUUCCAGAUAAUCAAUAACACGGAAGGAGACUGGUGGGAAGCAAGAUCAAUUGCAACAGGAAAGAGUGGCUACAUUCCUAGCAAUUACGUAGCUCCUGCAGACUCCAUUCAAGCAGAAGAAUGGUAUUUUGGUAAGAUGGGCAGGAAAGAUGCAGAGAGAUUACUUUUAAAUCCUGGGAACCAACGUGGUAUUUUCUUAGUCCGAGAGAGUGAAACUACAAAAGGUGCUUAUUCCCUCUCUAUACGUGACUGGGAUGAAGUUAGAGGUGACAAUGUGAAACACUACAAAAUUAGAAAACUUGACAAUGGUGGAUAUUAUAUAACAACCAGAGCACAAUUUGAAUCUUUACAAAAGCUAGUCAAGCAUUAUACAGAUCAUGCUGAUGGCCUGUGUCAUAAAUUGACAACUGUGUGUCCAACUGUGAAACCUCAGACACAGGGUUUAGCAAAAGAUGCCUGGGAAAUUCCUAGAGAAUCUUUGCGGUUAGAAGUUAAGCUGGGUCAAGGAUGCUUUGGAGAAGUAUGGAUGGGGACAUGGAAUGGAACUACAAAAGUAGCAAUCAAAACACUAAAACCUGGUACAAUGAUGCCAGAAGCUUUCCUACAAGAAGCUCAAAUAAUGAAGAAAUUAAGGCAUGAUAAACUAGUUCCACUUUAUGCGGUUGUUUCUGAGGAGCCAAUCUACAUAGUCACUGAAUUCAUGACAAAAGGUAGCUUACUAGACUUCCUUAAGGAAGGAGAAGGGAAAUAUUUAAAGCUUCCACAGUUGGUGGAUAUGGCCGCUCAGAUUGCAGAUGGCAUGGCCUAUAUUGAAAGAAUGAACUACAUUCAUAGAGACCUUCGGGCAGCUAACAUCCUUGUGGGAGACAACCUGGUGUGCAAAAUUGCAGACUUUGGCUUAGCAAGGUUAAUAGAGGACAAUGAGUACACUGCCAGACAAGGGGCCAAAUUCCCAAUUAAAUGGACAGCACCUGAGGCUGCAUUAUAUGGUCGGUUUACAAUUAAAUCUGAUGUCUGGUCAUUUGGAAUUUUGUUGACAGAGCUUGUAACAAAAGGUCGUGUGCCAUAUCCAGGAAUGGUGAACCGGGAAGUUCUGGAGCAAGUGGAACGUGGCUAUAGAAUGCCUUGCCCUCAAGGAUGCCCAGAAUCUCUCCAUGAAUUAAUGAAACUUUGUUGGAAAAAAGAUCCCGAUGAAAGACCGACAUUUGAAUAUAUUCAGUCUUUCUUAGAAGACUAUUUUACUGCAACAGAACCACAGUACCAGCCUGGAGACAAUUUAUAAGUCCUCAGCCUACAUUCAGUGCACAUAUCUACCAAAUAUAAAAUAUUUUCAAAACAAACUUGCCGAUUGGAAGGACUCAAAAGAAAGCAAAUUGCUAUUUGCAUGCACUUGAUGGCUAGCAAACUGGAAUUCCAUAAUAUGGUUGCACAAAACUGCUUUUUAAAGUGUUGCACCCAAAUGUAUCAAUGAUGUGAUAUUUUUCUUCCUUAUUCUGUUGGGGUCCAAAAGAAGCAUACAGAAAAAUUGGUUGGUAAAAUGAACAUUACCAUUACAGUUUAUAGGUGGCACGGCUAAUCUGUUCUAUUAUGUUACUGCUAGGGCAACAUUGGCAAUUGCAUAAACCUCUGAAUAGAAAUGUUCCAAGAGUAGGAAAGGAAGUGUAUGGGACCAAACAAUUCAAUUCCAAUUUUAUAAAAUGUCCUGUGUCCAGAGUAAAUAGUUUUCAAAGAGAGAGAGAGAGAUCACUGCAGUCCUGAUCCUGAGGCUUAUUUUACAUUGAUUUAAUUAGGAUAGGAAAGUUUUCUUUUAAAAAGCAGUUAAUUUAUGAUAAACUUGAUUAAAUGAUAGACCUCAGUAGCGGAACUGAAGAGCAUAAUGCACUGUAUAGAUACUUUUAUGUUAAUGUAACUGGAAAGUAGCAUAUGGGAGUUGAUUUUCCCCCUGCAUAGUUUAAUUAAGAAUGAUGAAGGUAACUACAAAAUGUUUUAUAUGGUUUUGUUAAUGGAGUAUAUUCAAACUUGAACUCACAAAAUGCAAUCAAAGGGAAAGAGAAAGUCUCCUUAUUCUUUCAAGAUGUAGCUGUUCAGAGAGAAAUGCCCAGUGAAACAUGCCCCAGUUUUGCGGACUUCUUUCAGAAGAUAUAGAAUUAGAAAAGGGAGAGAUGUGGUCAAUACUUCCAAAGCAAAAUGUCACUAGUUCAGGGAGUCACACAAUUGCACUUCUGCUUUUCUUAAAAAGAUGCUCCUAUGUAUCUACAACAAAGUAUUUAUAAAAAAAAAAAUUUAAGUUGAGUGACCCACUAUAUUUAGUAUUAGGUUAAUGAUGGCAAAUUAUUGAUGGGCAGGCAGCCCAACUGUUACAUACUAUAUUCAGACUCCAAACCAAUAGAGCAUGCAUUGAGAGCAGGAAUUGCACAUGCACAGGAUGUUUUGAGAAGCCAAAAUCCCACCAAUAUGCUAUUGGGUAUGGAAGGGGAGCGGUUGGUAGGAUUUAGACCUUUUAUUUAAAAAGGGUUUGUACAUUCACUAACUGUUGAAUCAGAUUCAGCUAGUGGUAAGAGUGGGGAAGCCUUCUUCCACCUGCAUAUUGUCCCUAGGUAUAUUGGGGAGUAAUACUAUUUACCAUAACCUCUGACAUAUCAAGCAAUAAAAUCCUAUUGGCACUGUUGGAAUUUGCCAAUUUUAUUUUAAAAAAUUGCACUGCAAAUCUUUUCUGUGAAAAUUAUUAUCAUAAUCAUCGUCAUAUUAUCAGACAAAUCAUAUGGAUUUAGUUCUGAUACAACAAAUGUAACAAUUCAGGAGUUUUGAAUUUUGCUCCCAAACUUUUCUUUGUAAAAUUGUGCAAUUAUGUUGCAUUUUCUCAUAUCAUUUAUACAUCCCUAAAUUUUCUAAGAGCUUUAAGUAGCAAAUAAAUUAUGGAAUUGUAAUUUUUCCUCUGUGUUAAAAUGGAUAAUACAAUUGUGUUUAUGCAAAACAACAGUAAAUUAUUUUGAUAUUGAUUGGAUUUUAAUGAACAAAGGGAUCAGUUCAUUGUAACAACAGUUGUAUGGUAAGGAAAUAAAAAACUAACUCAA